AUGGCACCAAUCCCUGACGUGGAUCCCUCUAACUGGUUGACCCAGUUGCGCGAGCAUAUUGGAGUCGAACGCCAGAGCCAGAUGUAUUUAUCAAGCUUGACUCUUCCAGCCACCCACAACAGCCACGCUACAACGGACCAUAUCGAAGGUUGGGGUUGGCAAAAGAUGGAAGUUGCCAAUUGUCAAUCAAGCGGUAUACGAGCACAACUCGACAUGGGCGUGCGAUCCAUUGAUCUGCGAAUCGGCAAAGACCUAGGUCUCCGCCAUGGGAAAGUCACCCUGCAAGGAAAUCUGAGAGACGCGCUGCACAUCAUGUCUGAGUGGCUGGAUAACCACCCCAACGAGACCAUCAUGUUCCAGGCCAAGUGGGACUACUGGGGGGACGAUCGUCAACCUGACCAAGACCAUGCACCAGGACAAGUCAAUGACCUGAUUCAGAAAGAAUUUUGGGCAAGGGGUCUCGUCCUCGACCAGCAGCCUAAACUGAGCGAGUGUAUUGGAAAAAUGGUUCUUUUCAAUGAUAACGGUGCAGGAGCCUUUCCGCUGAAAGGCCCCGAGGCGCCCCGCACGGAGCUUUCAGCGGAUAUGGACGUUAUUGACGCUCACUGGAUACAUGUCCAGAGGGUUUUGGAAUGGGCCUCGAGAACUUCAUCGCCAGCUAAUCAAGGGGAGUACUACGAGAUCCCUUGUGCACAACAGUCCCUGGAUAAAUUAGAGAAUCUCAGCUUGAAUAACCUUUGGGGCAAUAUCACAAGUGUCAAAAGACCGAUUGACUUCGCGACCGUUAUCAACCUAAGGCUGCAUGACUGGUUGCUCAGAAAUAUCCACGGAAGGGGUGAAGGGAGACUGGGAAGAGUUUAUGUUGAUUUUGCUGAACCUAAUUUGGUGAAGGCUACUCUACUUUGGAAUUUUGUGUGA